AUGCGCAGAACAAAAAAGCGUCCCAUUUUGUUUUGCAGUCGCGAAAGGAUAGACGCGCAGAUCGAAUCAGAGGUAUUGCCUGCUGGCAGCACUGGAAGUGUUGGCAGCAUUGGAAAUAUCGGCAGCAUUGGAAAUAUCGGCAGCAUUGGAAAUAUCGGCAGCAUUGGAAGUAUUGGCAGCAUUGAAAGUAUUGGCAGCAUUGGAAGUAUUGGCAGCAUUGAAAGUAUUGGCAGCAUUGGAAGUAUUGGCAGCAUUGGAAGCAUUGACAACAUAGGUAGUACAAGACUAAUCAGUGAAAAACUGGAGGAAGAUCAAACUGGAAGAAGGUCAAACUGGGGGAAGGUCAAACUGGGGGAAGGUCAAACUGGGGGAAGGUCAAACUGGGGGGAGGUCAAACUGGGGGAAGGUCAAACUGGGGGAAGGUCAAACUGGAGGAAGGCCAAACCGAAGGAAUUAGGAAUAUAA